UGCACGACUUUGAAGAGUUUGAUUGCGCGGUUUGAUAAGUUCUUUUUGCCGAAGAAAAAUUUAACUAUAGAACGGCACAGGUUUUUUACACGUUGUCAGCAUGAUGGUGAGUCUAUCGAGCAGUAUGCUUUCGAGCUCAGGAAGCUGGCUGCCACUUGUGAGUUUGGCACACUAAUGCAGGAUUUGAUAAAAGAUAGGCUGAUUUGCGGCAUAAAAGAGGACGCACUUCGGGAACGAUUGUUACGUGAGCCGGAUCUGACGUUGAGUAAAUCUUUGGAUAUUUGUAAUUUGGCCCAGAUGUCUAAGAUGCAAGCGGGGGCUAUAAAGCAAGAGGCUGUGGAACAUAAAGCGUAUGUUGUAGAAAAUAAUCCCAAGCAUAAUACGGAGUAUAAUUGGAUUAGUGAAGGUGGUCAACAGAAUCAAAUUUGGGGGGUAAGUCACCGAGGAGCGCCGGCGCAUCGUGGAACGGCGAGGAGUCGGGGGCGCGGUGGCCGUUAUCAGACCCCCGCCCGCUACCCCGUGACCCCGCGCCCGGGUCUUGCUCGGCGAAAUCAACUGUUUAAUCGACAAGUGCGUGAUGUCAAUAGUGCUAACAACAGCAGUGCUAAUUUAUCGUGUUCGCGAUGUGGUUUGCCUCAUGGCAGUUCAAGGUGUCCUGCCAUCGGCAGAAGGUGUUUAAAGUGUAACAGUUAUGAUCAUUUUUCGCGUAUGUGCAAUGUAUACGAGGUGCGAGCUGAGGAAAACAAUGAUCAGGGUGGUGAUUCCUCCUGAUUGGUAUUAAUUAGCAGCCGGGUCGAAUAGUAUGUGCAGUUUCGAAGAUGGAUUUUUAUAUAUAACUAAACAAUUUGAUAGGUACCUAUAUAAAU